GGAGCUUGAAAGGAACCCAGAGUGCAGGGCUGUGGCUGCUGUCUACACUUCAGGAGGCCACUUGCCGAUAGCUACUGUAUGUCUCUUGCCUGCCUCUCCUGCUCCAGGAACACCUCACUCUAGGAGGCCGAAGAUGCCAUAUUCCAGUCUGCAUCCAUCCAUUCCACGUCCCAGAGGUAACCGGUCCCAGAAGGCAGCCUUGGUCUUGCUGGUGACCAGCCUGGUGAUCCUUAGGGGGCUCGGUGACUCACCAGAUCACAUUCUCAAUUACCUGGUAGUCCAUCUGGCCUCCCUGCAGCUUGGACGACUGUUGAAAGAGGCCUGCUGUCUGACUGAAGAGCUGCAUCAUGUCCACUCCAGGUAUCAGAGCAACUACUGGAAGGCUGUGCGCGCUUGUCUGGGCUGCCCCAUCCGCCGUACGACCUUGCUGGUGCUGUCCUUCUAUUUCUACUACUAUUAUUUCCAAAAAGAUGCUGACCUGAGUCUCAGUUGGAUGCUCCUCUUGCUGGCCCUCUCACAGUCCAUCAACAUCCUUCUGGGCCUCCAGAGCCUCGCCCCAGCAGAAAUUUCUGCCAUCUGUGAAAAAGGAAACUUCAAUGUUGCCCAUGGGCUGGCCUGGUCAUACUACAUUGGGUACCUGCGGCUCAUCUUGCCAGGUAGGCCACCUGCAUCUUCAUUCUUAGACAAGAUACAUGGUUUUUGCUAUGCUUUUUGA